AUGGCCAGUCCUCCAGUAGUCGAAGAUCAAGCCAGACUGCUGGAAGAUGCUCUCGCCGUAGUCAGGCAUCAAACGCAUACCAUGCGCAAGUGUCUGGAAACACCAGGAAAGCUCAUGGACGCAUUGAAGUGCAGCUCUACCCUGGUUUCCGAACUCCGAACGAGUAGUUUAGGGCCAAAGCAGUAUUAUGAGCUCUAUAUGGGCGUCUUCGACGCUCUGCGACACCUCUCCGCAUAUCUAAAAGAUUCACAUCCCGUAAACCAUCUCGCAGAUCUUUACGAACUUGUACAAUAUGCUGGGAACAUUAUACCUCGACUAUACCUGAUGAUAACGGUGGGGACUGUUUACAUGUCCAUUCCAGAUGCGCCAGUGAAGGAGAUCAUGAAGGAUAUGAUGGAGAUGAGUCGGGGUGUUCAGCAUCCUGUACGUGGGCUGUUUCUACGAUAUUACCUCUCUGGCCAGGCGAGAGAAAAUUGUCCUACGGGAAAUAGCGAUGGACCUGAGGGCAAUCUUCAAGAUUCGAUCAGUUUCACAUUGACAAACUUUGUGGAAAUGAACAAGCUUUGGGUGCGACUGCAACACCAGGGACACUCAAGGGAGAGAGAAUUGCGAACACAGGAGCGGAAAGAACUCCAAUUACUUGUCGGCAAUAAUCUGGUUAGGUUAAGUCAUCUCGUGGAUCUCGAAACAUACAAAAACGUCAUUCUACAACCUCUGUUGGAACAAGUCGUGCAGUGUCGAGACGUUCUGGCUCAAGAAUACUUGCUAGAGGUUAUUACCCAGGUCUUCCCUGACGAGUUCCAUUUACACACUCUCGAUCAAUUCUUGGCUGCGGUAUCACGUUUAAAUCCGCAUGUAAAUGUCAAAGUAAUCGUAAUUGCCCUGAUGGACAGACUGUCUCAAUAUGCGGCGCGAGAAUCGGAAGCUCAACCCGCAGAAGACAAGCAAAAGCGGGAAGAAGAUGCAAUUGCGAAACUCUUAGAGAAGAUCGAGUUAGACAAGAAAAAAAGCGACGAGCCGCCAGCCCAGACAGAAACCAAUGGUGAUCAACUAGCCGCGGAGGCAAAUGGAGAAACAAGUGGAGCCAGCGAGGAAGCAGCUAAAGAAACCAAGGCCGAGACAGAGGCAGACAAAACCGAUGCUACUCCAACGGAAGCCAGCAGCGAGACCGCGGUUGAGACAGUCAACGGGACCGACGGAUCUGAUGAUAACAAGAACGUAGGCAUUCCGGACAGUAUCAAGCUCUAUGAGAUCUUUUUCGAGCAAGUUAUGAACUUGGUAAAUGCGCAACACCUACCAAUUCAAGACACUACAGCAUUAUUAGUCUCUCUUGCGAACCUGGCUCUCAACAUUUAUCCCGAUCGCCUCGACUAUGUUGACCAGAUACUGGACUACGCCAAUCAGAAAGUCAAACAACAUGCCAAUAGCGCAGAUCUCCAUUCGCCAGAAGCGCAGAACAACCUUCUGAACCUCCUGUUGGCACCCAUGAAAUCAUAUGUUUCUUUAUUUACAGCUCUUUCUCUUCCGACUUAUGUACCCUUACUUCAUUCCCAAACAUACCCUACGCGAAGAGCCGUUGCGGGCGAGGUAGCUCGGAGUUUACAGCGGAAUCAAACUAGAAUAUCCACACUAUCGGCUCUAGAGGGUGUUCUGGAAAUCUUGAAAGUUAUCAUUAAAGAGGGGACUCAACAGCCUGCGGGGUAUCCCGGUGUUGCUCAAAGAAAAGCGUUGGAGACUGAUGAGACGAUAGAGGAACAGGGCUGGCUUGCCCGGAUAAUUCAUUUAAUAAACAGCGACAACAACGACACUCAGUUCAAACUAUUGCAGAUGACUCGGAAGGCAUAUGUGGAAGGGAACGAACGAAUCAAGUUCACGACACCUGCUUUGAUUACGGCGGCAAUGAAGCUUGCUAGGCGAUACAAGACAAGAGAACAUUAUGACGACAAUUGGGAGUCGCAAUUAUCUGCCCUUUACAAAUUUAUGCAUGCUUCCCUUUCUGCCCUCAGUACAAGGGUCCCAACAGCCGCGGACUACGAAUUCUUCGUCCAGGCGUUCACGAUUUAUGAAGAGCAGAUAAGCGAUUCCAGAGCUCAGUUCCAAGCAGUGUGUAUCAUCGCGGGAGCGCUUCAUGAAAGUCGGAACUUCAGCCGUGAGAACUACGAUGCUCUGAUUACGAAAUGUGCACAACAUGGUAGUAAAUUACUCAAGAAGCCAGAUCAGUGCCGAGCAGUGUAUUUGGCGAGUCAUCUCUGGUGGGCUGUGCCGAUUACUGCCAAAGGAGAAGCAGAUGACGAGAAGAAUCUCUACCGCGAUGGCAAAAGAGUCCUGGAGUGCUUGCAACGCGCGCUUAGAGUGGCAGAUACCUGCAUGGACACUGCGGUAUCAGUUGAGCUCUUUGUUGAGAUCCUUAACCGCUAUGUCUAUUACUUUGAUCAGCAGAAUGAAGCAAUCACAACGAAAUACCUCAAUGGGCUCAUUGAGCUAAUCCAUUCGAAUGUUCAAACCAAUCAAGAGUCAGCUACCAUGGACCAUCCAAAACGCCACUUCCAACGUACGAUAGCUUUGAUUGCCUCUAGGGAGUACGAAGGAGUUGUUACGUCUGCUCCAAAGUGA